AGAUGACAGCGAUGGAGUUACUGGGGUGGGCGGAGUUAGCAUAGAACAGCUGAUGUUUAUACAAGGUGGGUCGAGAUCCGAGCUGAAUCCUGGGAUCACGGAGUACCCGAUUUGAACUUUGGCAUGGACCAACAAAGCUCCCAUCAGGAAGAGCCACUUCCAAAAUAUACCUCCUUAAGUGACAAUGUAUAUAUUACAGUUUUAGAUCAACUUCCAGAUGAGGUGCUACUCUUGAUCCUCAGCUAUGUACCAGCAAGGGACUUGGACUACUGUAGGUGUGUGAGCCGUCUUUGGAAGUCCCUUGUUGACUCUCCCACAAUUUGGAGAAUAAAAUGCCAGCGGCUGAACAGAGGGGAUGUGCUUCACGUGGCUGAUAUGUGUCAAAACACUCCCUGGAAGAGAUUUUAUAUGGCGAAACUCUUCUCCAGGAACUUGGUGCUCAAUCCUUGUGGUUCAGAACGAUUUCAGUAUUGGGACAUCAUAAAUGGAGGAGAUGGCUGGGCAGUAGAAAGAAGCCGCACUGAGUUAGAAGAUGCAGAGAGCCAGACUUGCUUUGUCACCUCCUUUGGGUGGUGUGAGAAACAACAGAUAAUAGAUUUGGUUAAAGAAGGGUUAUGGGAACACUUUCUGGAUGUUCACCAACCACCCAUCUGUAUCUCAGAUUGGUAUGGUGGACGACAUGACUGUGGCUGUGUGUAUAGUCUGACGGUCCAACUGCUGGCUGUUAAUAAGAUAACUGUGAUCCAAGAGUUCGCCAUAAGACCAGAUCCUAUUCCACAGUGGAAUGAUGAAAAAUACACUCAGGUUUCUCAUGAGUUUCGUAGGUAUGGACCGGGGGUACGCUAUGUGAAGUUUAUGCACAAAGGAAAGGAUUCACAGUUCUGGUCGGGACGGUACGGCGCCCGAAUCACCAACUCAUCAGUAACAAUAAAGUAUGAAUAAUAACAUUGAACCGUGCUGCUCAUAAACAUGCCACUCUUACUGGCUUCAGACUGACAUUACCCGUGGUCCUCCAUCUACUAUGACACCGAACAGUGAUGGUGUGUAAAGUACAUGCAAAGAGAACAACCUGGCUUUAUCCUAAUAAGUCUCUUCAGUGAAUGAUGAUAUCCGAUAGGCCGUUGUGGGUUUCUGCACUUUUUUUGUACUUGGUAACCCCCAAGAUCGCUUAAAAUGUAUAUAGUUAUUUUUACUUGGGGGUGUGUUCUUGGUCUAUUAUUAAUAAAAAAAAUUUUUUUUAACCAGCA